AUGUCGCGUCGUUGGAACCACCAAGCACCCGAUCUUCCUUGGAUCGGCAACACUGCUCCCCAGGAGUCUCGGCCGGGAUCCCCGAGUACUCGCCCCGGCCCCGGUCCCUGGAACCCUCUCCCUACGGCUCCCCAUCCACGAAAACCUCUUCCUCCGGCCUAUGCCCUCCCAAUCCGUGCUGCCGUCCCUCCCGUUGUUCCCCGUGAGGCACCCACUGCACAGCCCCGCCCCGAGUAUGUCACGCCCAGAGAGCGUCGCGCGGCGGACAUCAGAAGUGCCCAAGAGGCCGAGCAAGCCGCCCUUGAAGAGCUCGAGCGCGAAGACGAAGAGCUGCGGGCUCGUGGGAUACAGGGUUGGUCGCAGACCAAGAGGGGCCCUAACGGCGAGCUGCUUGUCCGCUCCCAGCAGCAAUUUGGGCUCGAGCAUGGCUCCGAGAGCCCCAGCAAGAUCAGAAUCUGCAUCACCCGCAUGAAGGACGGGAAGCGGGAAACCAAGACCAUCGCCCUGAAUGACCUACUCGACGUUGAGAUGUUGAGCGACGUCUUCACUGCUUCUGCUCCUCAUACGGAUACGAUCAGGAUCUUCCGCAACGCCAUGGGAAUGUGGUGUCGCGGAGAGAACAAGCAGUGGAUGCCGGAGCAGAUCUUCCCCGAGAAGGAGAAGAGGGACGAGGUCAUUGCUCCCAUGUCCGUCUCUGAGGAGUUCCUGGUUCCUGGCGAGCAGACCGACGUGCGAUCCUUGACGUCGAAUGGUCACUUUAUCCACCAUCAUCCACCCCCCGGAAUCGGCCUCGGCUGGGGCGACUGGGAUCUCUACACCGAGUGGCAGGCGCAUGGGCGGUCUGUGGACAAGACUUGGGUCACAAGGGGAGACUGGAAGCCCAAGGUUGAGGGAGAGUUUGCCUUUGUCGCUGACAGCGACGAUCCCUCUGCCGAGAUUAUUGUAGACAGGGGGGUCAUCAGAGAGCCUCAAGCUGGGAUGGUGCGCCCGAGACGCUGUACCAAAAGUUCAACCCCGGCUCCAGGCCCGAUAACCAGCGAGGGGGAGCCCAGGGACGGGCUCGAGGAGGUCAGGAAGCCCGAGGAGGUCGUGGAGGGCAAAGAGGUCAAAGAGGUUGGGGUCGAGGUGACCCAGGCCAGGUCAAUCGAGGUCGGGGCCAAGGAAGAGGAGAUCAAGGUCGAGGCGAUCGAGGAAGAGGAGGUAGGGGUCGAGGACGAGGAGACUUCCAGCAAUUUGCCCCAUGGUAGAUGCACCACUACCACGACGCUCCCCGCCUACGUCUUUGCUUCGGACACUGGCAACUGCCUAGCGGCAUGCCUCUUCGCACAACACCCACAUCGAUACAACACGCAGCACUUGGAAGUUCAGUUGCUGGACAAACGACAAUGCUUCUCUACUAAACUUGGUUAUCUCGGAUAUCUGCCUAACGGUAUCCUUGUUAACUAG